AUGGAUUCUAGUCCUCGAUCUAAUUUCGACAGCUUUAUGGAGCUCACGCAAAAUCCCUCUCAUCGCCCGUCAUCCAUCCAUGAGGUCUACCGACCCAUGCCUAGCCCAAACCUCCUCCAUGGAGAAGCCAAAACCUCCGCAAUCCAAGGCGAGGAUAUGAUCUCUCGCCACAGAACUGCAUCGACUUUUGACACAGAGAGUCAAUCCCCUGCUCAUGCUUCCCCUUCCGACCCCCUAGACCUCACCCGGCGUCUGAAAUCUAGAACUGAACUGGGCCGCAUCACCGCAAACACCGCUCGCAAACGUAACGCCAUCUGCAGCCCUCUCAUCAUCGCGGGACAAUCACCGCAGUCCAAAAUUACCAAUUUCUACGAAUCUCAAAAUGAACAGAUCAAGAGACUGUUGAAACCGGUGGACGAACAUGUCAGGGAAGCAAGAGACGCGCAAAGCUCCACCCAAUUGCGGUACCAGAUUGCCGUCUACGGCAGCUUCGUGGCCAAUAUUAUCCUCGCAGCUCUUCAACUCUACGGCGCGAUCGCAUCAGGCUCUCUCUCCCUGUUCACGACCAUGGUAGACGCCAUCUUCGACCCUAUGUCCAACAUCACACUGAUCCUCACGAACAAGGCGGUCAGAAAAGUGGACGCUCGUAAAUUCCCUGCUGGGAGGGCCCGUAUCGAAACGGCCGGUAACAUCGUUUUCUGCUUCCUCAUGACAUCGGUGAGCGUCGUCCUCAUUGCAUUUUCGGUACAGGAACUUGCCCGCGGCCACCAAAGUGAAACCAAAGAUUUUCACCUCCCCUCAGUUAUCGCCGUGACUGUGGCUUUCUGCACGAAACUUGGAUUGUUCUUGUACUGCUGGGCCCUGCGAAAUGAGUACUCUCAAGUUCGCAUUCUAUGGGAAGAUCACCGUAACGACCUGUUCAUUAACGGCUUUGGAGUCCUCACUUCCGUCGGCGGCAGUAAAUUGCGCUGGUGGAUCGACCCUUCGGGAGCCAUUACCCUCUCCGUCCUUAUCUCCCUCCUGUGGCUGCAUACCGCGUACUCAGAGUUCCAACUCUUGAUUGGUAUCACAGCCGACACCGAGAUGCAGCAGCUCAUCACGUACGUGAGCAUGACGCACAGCGAACACAUCAAGCAGAUUGACACCGUGCGGGCAUGGCAUUCCGGUCCCCGCCUCGUAGUGGAGGUCGAUGUGGUCAUGGAGCCCGAAGAGAGUUUACGCGUCUGUCACGACAUCGCGGAGGAGUUGCAGAUGAAACUCGAAAGCUUGCCGGAUGUGGAGAGAGCCUAUGUCCACAUCGAUUACGAAACGCUACACAAACCAGAGCAUUUCCUGAAGAAGGAAUUAUAA